UAUAUCAACAAAACAUCGGCUCCCUCAAUACUCGCUGGCCCACCGCUGUACGCCAACCAAUACCUUCUCUCUCUCUCUCCUCUCUCUCUCUCUCUCUCUCUCUUCUUCCUCCAUUUUCCCCCAAAACUCCAUUUUCAUCAUACCUUAAAAAGCUUAAACCACCUCUCCUCUCUCAAAAUCUCGAGGCAAUUACAUAAUAAUUGCGUUUUAAUCAAGUUGCUCGGUUAUACGGCGUCGUAGUUUUUUUUUUUUUUUUGAACGAUGGCCGCCGUGGAAAAGGGAGGAGUUGCAACGGCGGCGGCGGCGGUGGCGGCGAAGGCGGAAGAGGAGGAGCAGUACUUGAUGGAGGGGGAGAGGGUGUUGGAUUUCGACAUGCUGUGCUCGAUGGUGGCGGUGCAGGCGCAGAAAGGUGGGUGGGGCAAAUUGAAUGGGGGCGGCGGCGAUAGGGAAGAAGACAACCUCGUACCUGAAGGCGGCGGAGUUUUUAGAAUGUGGGAAGGUGAGAUUGUUUAUGACUGCUUCGACGACCGCCGAUUAGCCAUUCACUCCACCUGUUGUCCGUGUUAUAGAUUCGGAAAGAACAUGAAACGAGCUGGAUUUGGUUCGAGUUUUAUUCAGGGAUCGAUAUACUUGAUUCUUGUGGUGGUUGCGAUAUCGAAUGUAGUAGCGUUCAUCGUCACGGAGAGGCGCUGGUUUUUGUAUAUGGCGAUUGCGUUCGUUUUCUUGACCGGAAUUUAUAUGGGGUGUUGUCGAACAAGGAUUAGGAAAAAGUUCAAAAUACAAGGAAGCGAGAGUUCGUUCGACGACUGUGUUUACCAUCUAAUUUGCCCAUGCUGCACCUUAUGUCAGGAAUCACGAACAUUGGAGAUGAACAAUGUACAAGAUGGAAUCUGGCAUGGGAGAGGGGAUACUAUUUGCAUCGGAAGCGUCUCCGAGUUGACUCCACCUUUAGUUGUAUCGACAAAGUCUCCUAAAGUUAUUACAAUGCACAAAACAUCGAACGAGAAUUUUCAGUUAUCGACUUCUGUCGCUGCAGAUUCUGUCUAAUGUCUUAAUACAAGCUUCUUUUUUCUUUAAUCAUGGGAUUGAUCCAUGUGUACGAUAUUGUAGAUGAUAAUUGUAUCAAAUGUAUAUAUGUAAAUUGAUUCACUAGUUUUGCAUAUAUUCUAGAAAUUAACCCUUUUUUUGGUCGAUAAUCGAAAAAUUUACUG